GUCUGCACUCAGCGGGAGCCUGAAGGUGAAGGAGUGAAGACAAUGAGAAAGCGGCAGAGGAAUGGAAAGAUUUCACCAGAAAGAAUAGAAAAAACGGAAAAUGGAGAAACCAUGAAAAAGUUUUCCGUUCUUUUCCUCCUCUCCCACUGUUAGUUGCCGUCUCCUUCAUCCUUCCUUCACCAAACACAAAAAAAAUCCAUAGUUCAUACCAGACCAAACGUCUAUCUGUUUAGAACACUAAAAACCUGCCCCUCCUGGGAAAACCUCCGAGAAACAUCUUCUUCGGUCCUCUCCUUAAAGACCCUUCAUUUAUUGCCCCACAUGAAUUCAUCUUUCGACGGUUUCAGCUUCGGUUAUUAGUUUGCAUAGCUCGAUCGCUUAUUCCGUCGCUUUCCUCCCCCCUCACCCUCUCCCAAUUUUGGUCCCUGGGAGAGCGAGAAAGAGAUUAUCAAUCGAACUUGAGGGAGGAGGAAAGAGAGGAACUUUCUUUAUUUUUUUGGAGAAUUGAUGGGUGUUCUGUCAAAUCUAAGGAGUUUGAGAAAUCCAGAAGAUGGGUUGUUGCUGUCGUCCGGUUCCUCAUCGCCGGCAGCUGGGCAGGCGGUGGGUAAGAGGAAAUGGUCGAAUUUCUUGCCGUUUUUCAUCGCCCUUGUGGUUCUAGCGGAGAUCGUCUUUUUAGGUCGUCUCGACAUGGCUAAAAAUGCUGCUGCUCGGGUUGAUUCGUGGGCUGAUAGCUUUCUUUACCAGUCGCCGCCUGGUUUAAGGGGGAAUUUUCCGGUGGUUAAAAGAAAUGAUAUGGUUUUGGGGUCGGAAACUUGUGAGGACUGGUUAGAGAGAGAGGAUGAUGUGGCUUAUUCGCGGGAUUUUGAUCGGGAUCCCAUCUUGGUCGCCGGUGCUGAGAAGGAGUGGAGGACUUGUUCUGUAGGGUGUCAAUUUGGAUAUGACUCCAACAGAACUCCUGAUGCAUUAUUUGGUAUGCUAAAUGAACUGUCAGCAACUGUCAAUGUGCAUCGAUCAAUGGAAUCGGCUCAGUACUAUCCAGAGAAUGAUAUUGCUACGGCACGACGAAGGGGAUAUCGUAUAGUAAUGACUACAAGUCUAUCCUCAGAUGUGCCGGUGGGAUAUUUUUCCUGGGCGGAGUAUGAUAUCAUGGCACCUCCUGAGCCAAAGACUGAGAAAGCCCUUGCAGCUGCAUUCAUUUCAAACUGUGGUGCUCGCAACUUCCGCUUGCAAGUUCUCGAUGCCCUUGAAAAAUUGAAAAUUCCAAUAGAUUCUUACGGUGCUUGCCAUCGGAACCGUGAUGGUAGAGUGAACAAAGUGGAGGCUCUGAAGCACUAUAAAUUUAGCUUGGCUUUUGAGAAUUCUAACGAGGAGGAUUAUGUUACGGAGAAAUUCUUCCAGUCACUCGUUGCUGGAACCAUCCCGGUGGUUGUUGGUGCUCCAAACAUCCAAGAUUAUGCCCCUGGGCCAGGGUCAGUAUUACAUAUCAAAUCCCUCGAAGAUGUUGAGACUGUUGCGAAGACCAUGAACAAUCUGUCUGAAAACCCUACUGCAUAUAAUCAGUCGCUAAGGUGGAAGUUCGAGGGCCCGUCUGAUUCAUUCAAGGCGCUGGUGGAUAUGGCAGCAGUACAUUCUUCAUGCCGUCUUUGCAUUCACCUUGCUACUAUGAUCCAUGACAAAGAAGAAAGUAGCCCGGGGUUCAAGAAACGCCCCUGCAGAUGCACUCGAGGCUCCGAGAUCAUACAUCAUGUACAUGUUAGAGAGCGAGGAAGGUUCAAGAUGGAGUCAAUUUUCUUAAGAUCUGGAAACUUGACAGUGGACGCACUGGAGCAUGAGGUGCUGACGAAGUUCAAGUCCAUGAAACACGUACCAAUUUGGAGAGACGAGAGACCCGAAAGCAUAAGAGGAGGAGAAGACGAUUACAAAGUCUACAGAGUAUACCCUGUAGGGUUGACGCAGAGGCAAGCGCUCUACUCUUUUAAAUUUUCCGAUAUCGACUUACAGAAUCACCUGGAAGCGAAUCCAUGUGCUAAGUUGGAGGCCAUCUUUGUCUAGUUAACAAAUGAGACUUUACUCUGGUCUUGAGCUUGAAUCCUCGGCUGAGCUCUCUCAAAAAUGAAGUCAAUAUUUUCGCCCCAAAGUUAGCAGUGGAUCUGUUUAACUGUCAUCCUUGUACCAACCAUUCUUGUAUACCAGACAGUGGAAUCACUUGUAGUGUAGGUCAGAAAACAGGGUAGGAAACGGAAAGCCAUCGGAGACCCUUUCUUACUUCACUGAUCUGAGAAUGCAAUUGGUGCAUGCUUUUUAGACCGAGAGAAUUUUGGUCUCGUGUUGUCCUUUUACCUGCACGAUCUCCUGUGGUUUUGUAUGUAAACCACAUGGAAGGGAUUAGUUUAGCGGCGGUUUGUGAUGAAUAUUAAAGUAUGAAUACGAUCCGAAAUGUGGGAGUAUUAUUAGUUGUUUAUACUGCGAGGAUUAAUGCUAAGAGGUACACAUGGGUAGGCUAAGCUUGGGAAUUAUUAUUGGAGAGUAAAUAGUGUGAAGAUUG